AUGGAAAGGCCCAUAAUACGAUAUGAAAAAAUUGACUUCUUGGGCGAGGGUCAGUUUGCUACUGUGUAUAAAGCCAAGGAUAUAAAAACUGAUAAGAUAGUGGCAGUAAAAAAAAUAAAAAUUGGAUCAAGAUUUGAAGCACAAGAUGGAAUUAACAGGACAGCUCUUAGAGAAAUUAAGUUACUUCAAGAGUUACAACAUAUUAAUCUCAUAGGCCUUUUAGAUGUAUUUGGACAAAAAUCCAAUGUGUCAUUGGUGUUUGACUUUAUGGAUACAGACUUAGAGAUAAUUGUGAAAGAUAAUAAUAUUGUACUUACACCUGGAAAUGUCAAGGCAUACAUGAUAAUGACGCUCAAAGGUUUAGAAUACCUACAUCAAAAUUGGAUAUUACACAGGGACUUGAAGCCUAAUAAUCUAUUAAUUAACAGAGAGGGAAUUUUGAAAAUUGGUGACUUUGGUUUAGCAAAAGCAUUUGGUUCACCAACAAGGAUAAACACACAUCAAGUUGUUACAAGGUGGUACCGGUCACCUGAACUGCUCUUUGGUGCUAGGCAAUAUGGGACAGGCGUUGAUAUGUGGGCCAUCGGUUGUAUACUCGCUGAACUAUUGUUGCGAGUGCCAUUCCUACCAGGUGAAUCUGACUUGGAUCAGUUGUCAAGGAUCUUUCAAGUGUUUGGGACACCCACAGAAGAAGUAUGGCCUGGUAUGAAAAGUCUCACUGACUAUGUGAAAUUUAAGCAUUUCCCUGCACAAUCCUUGCGACAUAUAUUCAGUGCUGCUUCGGAUGACUUAAUUGAUUUGUUGGAGACUUUGCUUGCGUUAUAUCCACCUCGACGCUGCGAUUGCACACAAGCCUUACUGAUGCCUUAUUUCAGUAAUAAACCACCACCUACAGUUGGACCCAAGCUGCCAAUGCCAUCCAAUAUACCGAAAUUAGAAUCGGAGAAACCAUCACUCAAGAGAAAGUUGCUGGACAACUUAGACGGUGGCUCAUUAGCCAAAAAAUUACAGUUUUAA